CAUCACACCUGCGGGCGUUGCCCAACCCCAAAUGCGCCUUCCGAUGAAUCAGACUCAGAGUGUCCUGACUCUCCACAACCACUAUGCCCAAAUCACCAGCAGAAAUCCUCCUCGAAAAAGCGGAUAAGAAGUCAAACUCAUCGACUGGAUGGUUUUCUUCAUCAUCGACCAAGUGGGAGGAGGCAGGAGACCUAUACCAACAAGCCGCCAACUCUUUCCGGCUCGAGAAGCAAUUUAAGGCGGCUGGCGACUCAUUUGCAAGAGAAGCGGAGUGCAGAGAAAAGUGCAACGAAACCAACGAUGCAGCAAACGCUUGGUGGAACGCUGCCAAGGCGUACAAGAAAGAUGACCCUCAAUUGGCGAUCCAGGCUUUGGGGUGCACGAUAAUGCACCUCACCAAGGCGGGCAGGUUCCGCCAGGCAGCAGACAGAGAAAAGGAGAUCGGCCAAAUCUACCAACACGAACUGAGCGACAUUGCGAAGGCAUGCGAAAGCUUCCAGCGAGCGGCUGAGUGGUAUGACCAGGAGGAUGCUGCUGCAACGGCUAGCGCAUGUCGUAAGGAUGCCGCGGACCUCUGCGCUGAAGUCGAAGAUUACAGAGGGGCCAUACAGCUUUACGACAUGGUCGCGACUUACGCGCUCAAGUCGAACUUGACAAAGUAUAGCGUGAAAGAUUACUGGUUGCGUUCAGGCCUUUGCGCACUCGCCAUGAGAGAUGUUGGGAAAGCACAGCGAGACAUCGAGGUGUUCAAGUCGAAAGAUGUUACAUUCAGCUCAACUCGGGAAUGCAAGUUCUUAGAAGAUAUGUGCGGACUCGUAACGGAAGGCAAUGAACAAUCCUUUACGUCAGCAGUGUUCGAGUAUGACCAGGUUACGAAGUUGGAUAAUUGGAAGACAGGAAUAUUGUUGAAGAUCAAGAGGUCACUCAAGGACGAGGUAGAUAUUCUCUGAUGGAAUGCCAUUCGCGGCUCACCUGUAUAAUAUAUACGAGUACUAAAUGUUAACUAGAUAAUCAAAUGAUUCCAUUUCAUGCAUUAUACCUACGGGCAGUACAUGCAUAAGUUGUACUACAUACGAUCGAGUACCACCGGCACGACCGUCACCUGCUAACUUUCAUACUCCUCGCUUCGCCCCGCCCCGCCACUCCG